UGAUGCUGGCAUGUCAUGAGAUAUUUAAAUAAGAAAUCUAUUUCUUACAGUCACGAUGAGUGCCAGUCGUUGCCAAAUGGCUGUGGUAACCGAUUCUUCUCUGUAGUAUUCCGUGCGGGUCUCAAGAAAAGACGGGAAGAAAAGGCUGUUGAUAAGAAGUUGAUGGCUAGGAUGGCAUGGAAAAAUGCUGUGAUGAAGGCUCGCACUCUUGGGGAUCCUUGGGAGAAGUUUCAUCUGGAUACAUACAAAACCGAGAAAGCUAAACGUCACCGGUACAAUGCCAUGAGGCAGAAUUGGGUUGUUGAUGAGGUUGUGGUCAAGAUGGAGAAUGAACCUUUCAACCACGGAGCUAUGAGAGAAUGCUUUCGCAUGAAGAAAUUGAGUAACUUCUCAAGGAUGAUUGGAUGCGUGCACACAACUAUGUGGCCAAGCGGUAUAUGGAUGAAGACACUCACAGGGAAACCUACUUUGAUGAUGUUAGACUCCAG